AUGGGUCGGUAUAAAAAGUACAUAAAAAACGUGUUGGAACCUUGGCCAUCGGAACCAUUAAAAUUAUGGGACAAUUUCAAAGACGAUCUUUGUGAAGAUAUCAAACACAGAAUCAGACAACAAAAUCAAGACUUGGCCUUACCAUAUAGUGAGGACAUUUAUAACGAAGGUUUGAUACAAAUCGAAAAUAAACUAUUGCAAUUAAAUGAUAAAAGCCUAAGUCAUUUUGGAUUACCUUCCUCAGUUCGUACAGAAAACAAUGCAACAUAUACAAUGGCACAUCACUAUAAUACAAAUGAUUUGACCUCUUUUGUCAAUGAAAACCUGAUUAAACCCAUUAUUACCGGCCCAGCAGCUGGUCAGCUAGCUCAUAUUCCGAGGAUACCUAUGAUCCCAACUGAUCUGCCAAACCCGUUUAAACGGAUUCAAUUUCUGGUGAAAAUAUCUUUCACGUUGACUAUUAACAAGCCCCAAGGUCAAACCUUCGAAUUAGUAGGGAUCGACCUACGAAAGGAAUGUUUUACUCAUGGCCAACUGUAUGUGGGCCUAUCACGAGUUGGAUCUGCUGAUAAUCAAUUUAUUUUGCUGCCACAAAAUAAAACAACAUCAAAUAUCGUUUACAGAGAAGCUCUAACCCAAUAA